UCUUUGCGUUUUGAUAUAUGGGUGUCAUAUAAACUAAAUCAAAAGCUCUGAAUUGUUUUUCUUUUUAAGAAAAAGAAUUGCAAAGGUGUGUUGAUAGGAUAAGAAUAAGGGCAACUAAUGCAACACAAACUCUUAAGAUAUUUAGAUCACGUGUGUCCUGUCGAGCUUCUGGUAGGGACACCUGCAUAUUACAGACAAAGGACAAAUGUGCUUUUCAUUUUCCAGAGCUGAUAUAGCAAGCAAUUUGUCCUUUUUCAUAUACUUGGUCCACGUGAUUAUCUCUCAACACUGCCGUUUAGCCGCGUCUCUUGAUGAUUACAUCUCUCCCUCUCAAUAUAUUCUCGUAUAUCUUCAACGAAGUUUUCUUUGGUUCUACAUAUAUAUCUCUGGAGAAAGUGAGAAAUAAUAAUAAUAAGAAGAAAAACAUGGGCACCUUCAAACUGAAGUCAGUACAAAUUAAUCAGGUAGGGAUUACUCCAAAUCUCCUCGUUAACAAGCACCAGAAAGAAAUUCCUGGUUGUAGGAGAAAACUUGGAAGAAAAGAGAUAGCGAUGAGCCUGAAAAGCAGCAUCAGGAAUGUUAAUGAUGAAAGAAGAGGAGACAAUGUUAUUGCAGAAGAUGACAAGAAAUAUGUGGAGGUGUUGAGGGAAGUUCAGCCUUAUAUUCUUUUUCAUAGAGGGAGUACUUUUGUUGUGGUGUUAUCUGGGGAAAUUGUUGAUAGUCCAUUCUUGGACAACUUGCUUCAGCUGCAACAAAGUCUCUCUUUGAUCGGUUGUCUGGAGAGAAAAAAAGAAAAAAGAAAGAAGAAACUCAUGGCUGCUACCAAACUGAGACCAUGGAUUUAUCUGCAAUUUCAUGGAGUAACUAGCUCUUCAUGUCCCACUAGACCAAAUAUACACAUUAUCAGGUACCAACAAGAUAUUUCUGGUACUGGGUGGAGAAAACUUAGAGUGGAAAAUGGCAGCAUGAGGUGUAUUAAUGGUGAAAGAAUAGGAGACAAUGUUAUUGCAGAAGAUGACAGGAAAUAUGUGGAGGUGUUGAGGGAAGUUCAGCCUUAUAUUCUUCUGCAUAGAAGGAGUACUUUUGUUGUGGUGUUAUCUGGGGAAGUUGUUGAUAGUCCAUUCUUGGACAACUUGCUUCAGGUCUAUCAGUCGGACAAUUAUGGACCACCAAAUGCUUGUGCUUUCUGCUUCUUGCAAAAGACUGAAUUUCAAUAUGCACCGUCCCUCCACAUUUUUGGCAUUGGUACCCACUUGGUCGAGCAUAAUAUAUAGCUUAUUGUGGUCGUCUAUACCUAUACGUGAACUUUCCCUGGUAUAUGGCUCCAUGCACUUGGGUCAUUUUUAACUUAUUUUGUCAUUAAUGUAGACUUUGAAGUCAGUCAUUACUAUAUAUCUAUAAAGGAAAACUAAAGAUUUGUCUGGGAUGGUUCAUUAGUAAACAUUUUGGACUUACUUUAAGAGAUUUACCCUUUUAGAAUAAGAAAUUGAGCGCUACCAGAACUUGUUAAACUUACUUAUUCAUCUAAAGCUAACUUACAAACAUUAUAAUUUUUGAUAUAUUAUUUCAAUGGGUACGCAUUUUAAUUAUUGCAAAUUAAAAAUUCGAUUAUAUAUUUACCAUUUUGAUUUAAAUAAUAAAUCAGGACAUCAGAUUCUUUUAAAAAAAAUAUUGGAGACCGAAAAUUCGUACUU